AUGGCCACUUCUGCUACAACCGCGGCGGUCACAGCUGCUGCUGCUCCGACGGAAACUACGACGGAAACUACAACAAAACCUAGCACGGUAAAAGUGUUGGUCGUACUUUCUUCCCACGAGCACUUGGGAAAUACGGGAAAGAAAACGGGAUGGUAUCUUCCCGAAUUCGCGCACCCAUACUACGUGCUUGAGCCAUACGCUACUUUUACAAUCGCAUCACCGAGGGGUGGUCCAUCGCCACUUGAUCCUAGCUCUGUUGAAGCAUUCAAGAAUGACCCGAUUUCGCAAAAGUUUCUGGCCGAAAAGGAGGAACUCUGGACAAGGACGGAAAUGCUGUUCAAGUUUUUAGGAAAGGCAAAUUUAUUUGACGCUCUUUUCUACGUUGGUGGACACGGACCCAUGUUCGAUCUCGCCAUCGAUGCGACAUCCCAGGCCUUGAUCAAGGAAUUUUACGAAAAAGGCAAGAUCGUCAGUGCCGUCUGCCACGGCCCAGCCGCUUUUGUAAACGUAAAGCUCAUAGACGGCGAGCACCUUCUCCAAGACCAACCUGUCACUGGAUUUUCCAAUUACGAAGAAGAGGUAGUUGGUUUAACCAAGGCUAUGCCGUUCUUGCUUGAGGACGCUUUGGAUAAGGCUAGCCGCAGGAAGUUCGAAAAAGCAGAAGAGCCUUGGGCUCCACAUGUUGCUGUUGGAAGGGGCGGAAGGCUCAUUACCGGGCAAAAUCCGGCUUCUGCGACACCGCUUGGGGAGGAAUUAUUGAAGCAGUUGGGAAUUAGCACCUAA